CUCAAACCGCCAAAAUAAACGUCAUUUUCUGCCAGUGACGAUUUUUGUCGUAUUUUUGUAAUCCAAAAACCAAGUUAUUUCCCUGUUUUCAAUCGGAGUUUUCAUUCAAUAUCAUUAUUUUAUCGAUAUUCAACGCUUUCGCAACACAAUUAAAGUGUACCAAUUGCGUGGGUGUUAGAAAAUGGCGAAAGUUCACAUAACCAAUGUGGUGGUGUUGGACAAUCCCAGUCCGUUUUUGAACCCUUUCCAAUUUGAAUUGACGUUCGAGGGCAUCGAAGAACUGAAAGAGGACUUGGAAUGGAAGAUGAUAUACGUUGGAUCAGCGGAAACGGAGGAGCACGACCAGGUUUUGGACACGAUUUACGUAGGCCCGAUUCCAGAGGGUCGACACAUGUUCGUUUUCCAAGCGCCCCCACCAGACGUCACUCGUAUACCAGAGAACGACGCCUUGGGUGUCACAGUCGUGUUAUUAACCUGCUCGUAUAGAGGACAGGAGUUUGUUAGGAUUGGUUAUUUCAUAAACAAUGAGUAUAGUGAAAACGAGCCGGAGUUGCGCGAGAAUCCGCCAGCGAAGCCCCAGUUUGAUAAGGUAGUGAGGAACAUUCUAGCGUCCGAACCGAGAGUGACGAGGUUUAAAAUCAACUGGGCGGAGCCUGAUGCUGCAUUAGCCACUGAUUCUGGUGACGGUAACAUAGAGAGCCAUGUACCCAGCAGUGACUCGUACAGUGCAUUCAACAACGACAGUCAAAUAAGUGGCAUGUUCCAAGGCAGCUUGAGUGGGUACGGUGACAAUUCCAAUUCUGUGGUGCAUAUGGAGUGUUGAGAUAGACAUGUAAAAAGUUGUGAUCUGCUGUUAUAGAGAAUAAUAAACAAUGGACUGAGAGUGAAUAGUGAACCUCACUGUGUGUACUGAGAAUUGAGAUGCACUCCAUAUAUGCAAUGAAGCACUGCCUACACCAAGGGAUUUAUAAUUUUAGUAUAAGUAUAAUAUCAUCAUCAAAAUAUAUUAACCCUUAAUAGCUCAACAGUAAGGGUGGUUGGACUCCAAUAGGUGUAGGUUCGAUCUCCACCCUGUUGGUCUAUUGUCGUACCCACUCCUAAUACAGUCUUUCCCGACUAUCAUCGUCAUCAUCAUCAUCUCAGCCGAUGGAGUCCACUGCAGGACAUAGGCCUUUUGCAGGGACUUCAUCAAUCCAUCGAACUACAUACAUAAAUACAUCGAACUUUCCCAACUAGUUGGAAGGGAAUGGUCAUAAUAGUAAAAAAAAAAAGAUAUGGCAAAUAUUCGUAUCAAAAGAAAAAACCAUUAAAGGAUUAAAUUUUUAAGCCCUUAAUUUUCACUGUAGAGAUAAUUCAUAAAACAUGGCUAAUAUUUACGUGAUACAUUGAAUAUGUCCGACUAGUUUUGAUCCAUAUGUGUUGCAAGAACCAGCUCAUGAUUAAGGGUGUGGAUUCGAAACUAGUUGGGCGUACUGGUCAAGGGAUUUAUAAUUUUAGUAUGGGUAUAAUUUCAUUUUUAGGGCCUUAAUUCUCAUUGUAUGAGAGUUAAUAACUGUGUUAAUUUAUUAAAACAUGGAUAAAACUUAUGUAAUUCUAUGUUAGAGUAUGAAAUCAAAAUCGAAAAUCAUUUAUUUCAAGUAGGCUCAGUUUACAAGCACUUUUGACACGUCAGUUGACUAUUUGUAAAGAUUCUACCACCGGUUCGGAAGGCAGGUUCUGCUGAGAAGAUACCGGCAAGAAACUCAACAGUUGCUCUUUUGAAAAAGUCAUACAGUAUUAUAAUUUACAAUUGAUAACAAUUACAAUUUCUUAUAGUUUUAUUUCCUGUGUGAAGGUGGAAGCUGAUCCAACGGCCUCCAAGCGCUUUUAUGUCCCAACUAGUUUGGUGUUUCAAGAACCAGCUCAUGAUUAAGGGUGUUCGAGACUAUUCAGGCAAACUCUGAUUUUGUAUCACUUGAGCUUUAGUUUUGUAAAUAAAUUUAUAUUUACAAAACUAAAGCUCAAAAAUAACACUCACAAUACAUUAAAUUCAAAAAUAGCUAAUUAUUUUGUACAAAAAGUAUUAACUGCUGAUAUUUUGUCAUCUACUUGGUGGCUUCUGUGGUUUGCGCGGUGGAUUUACUAGAGGUCCUGGGUUCGAUCCCUGGCCGGGUUGAAUGAGGUGGUGUGAGGCUUCGGCUGUGGCUAGUUACCACUCUACUGACAAAGACGUACCGCUAAGCGAUUUAGCAUACCGGUACGAUGUCGUGUAGAAACCGAAAGGGAUGUGGAUUUUCGUCCUACUUUUAACAAGUUAGCCAGUUUCCAUCUUAGAUUGUAUCAUCACUUACCAUCAGGUGAGAUUGCAGUCAGGGGCUAACAAAAAAAAACUUGGUGAUAGGUCAGUGCUAUUUUGAAGUGACACACAGAUAAGUGAGAACAAAACGUAUUUAAGUUAGAUAUUAAUCAAGUGUAUACCAUAAGAAUAACAAAUAAUGUCGUUAGGAUUCUUUUCUUGCAUCGUCCAGUUUAAAAAAAAAAAUUUUGGACACAAUGCAUGCUUUAUAAUGACGGCUGAGUGGCUUCUGGUGUUUAUAUAGUCACAAAAAAGAGAUGUGUCAAAAUAAAGAUCGUAGCUCAUUGGACCCAACCGGGACGCGAUCCGCACCGCCUCGCCUCGAGUGGUUAGUAUUCUUCGUAUGGAUGUAUGGGCAUGCGCUCACUACAACUUCAUACAAUCACCGGAACGCCUCGCUCGCGAGGUGUCCACGCGCGAACUGCGAGGUCUCCACGCCUCGAUCUCGAGGUGUCCACGCGCCGAUCGCGAGGUGUCCACGCCUCGAUCUCGAGGUGUCCACGCCUCGAUCUCGAAGUGUCCACGCGCCGAUCGCGAGGUGUUCACGCCUCGAUCGCAAAGUGUCCACGCGCCGAUCGCAAAGUCUCCGCGCGCCGAUCGCGAGUAGACCACUCGAUGACAGCUCGCUGUUGACAUACUUGCCUCGCCUGAACCGCGAGAUGACAACGCGGCGUCCACCCGUGGUCCAUCUGUCGACGACAAGUGGACGCCUAGCGGCGAGGCGGUGCGGGUCGGGUCUAAUGAGUUACUACCUUUAGUCUAAAGAAAACUUCAAUGGAAAACUGUUAAACAAACCUAAAACACGAGACUCCUAUUUAAAUAGACAUGGGUUUGUGCCAGGCAUUGGUGGCAUGUGAGGAUUGUUAAGGCUUUUUUUACAGUCCCUGAAUCCUUGAGGUUCUCACACAGCAAGCAGAUAGGUAUUUUCAUCAAACUGAAACUUUUUUGCUAUAAAAAAAAAUGUGUAAAAAUUACUCUUAAAGUUAGUUUAUUUAAAAUAAAGAGAAUAAAAUUAUAGCUGGAGUUUCUAUAAUAAAUAAUUUAUUAGUUAUUCUUAUGGUUAAUGUAUUUUUGAAAUUAAAACACAAAUAUUGUACUAACAUAAACAAUUUGACUAUAGAAUUACAUUUAUUUGUCUAUGAAUCGACAACAGUGUGGUCGUUUAGAAUUGUCCAACUUUGUAACUUUGCUAUAGAGUUCUUAGCCAGAGAUUCCCAAGUAUUAUGCCUUGUUUACCUUUGCCUUAAUUAUUUAAAUAGACUAAUAUUAAUAAUAAACAUUCACACACAAACACAAAUUUAAUAUUUUUUUUAAAGAAGUGGAUAAAGCCUAUAGUUAGGAGUUUACAUAUAGAUCGAUAACCAAUAAUGAUUAUUUACAUUGCCAAAAUGUUGUACAUAUAUGUAUUAAACACAUUUGAAAUUUAACACAUAACAAUUCAUCAUUCGUUACUGUUCUUAAUUUCUAGCUAGUUGUCACCAUACAGCCAAGUGAAAAGUGAAAGGUGCGCAAAAUAGGUUAAAAAUGUAACGCUGAUUGAUAAACUCGUUAAUCGAAUUUUACUGCCCAUAUUUUUUUUAAUACCGUGGGCUAUAAAAAAAAAUCGAUUCUUGAAAAGUAAACUCCAAAAAAAUUGGGUUUGGAUUUGGGUUUUAAUGGUUUUAGUAGCAACAUCACAUUUCGCUCUAUGUAUAUAAAGUCGAUUUUGCUUUAUCUGAGAAUGUAUUGAAAACUUUUGAGUAUGCCAUAUCUGUUAAAAUUAAUUGGAAAAUUCUAAGCGACUGUACUUUAUGGCUGUUCAAAAAUAAUAAUGUAAUAGUUAAACCAUAGACUAUUUAUUUUUUUAUUUUAAGGUUUCAACAUGACUAAAAUUUGUAAGAUUUAAUUUAGUGAAAAUAUUAAUUUGUACCAAAAUUAAGCGAAUAUAGUUUAAAUAAAAAAAAUGAAAUAAAAUGAUUUGUAAAUA